GGCCAUUUUUGCAGCGCAGUUGAGAUUUAGCCAGCUUGAGAGGGACUGUUUGUUUAUUUUCUGCGAGAAAUCAGGGCAAGAAGGUUGAAAAAAUACCUUUGCCGAAGACAUCAGAUUGCCGAAAAUGUUACAAAGACCAAUCUUAGCGACUUUAGGCGUUCUGCUGCAAAUUUGGAUUGCUACGGGUCAGCCAACAAUCACUCCAGAUAAGAACCCAGUUCGAGUUUUAGCACCUGGCACGAUUAAUUUGACCUGCAAGGUAAAAAGGGAAACUGAUAUCGUAUGGGAGCAUGGUGGAAAUCGAAUCACCGAAGGUGGGAAGUACAAUAUCUCCAUACUUAAAAAGAGUGUAGGUGGUGGCAUGGAGUCCACCAGUACGCUGAGAGUCGUCAACCCGACCUCUGACGAUGAAGGACAGUACUCCUGUUACGACGAAAAUUCUCCCGGUGAAAAGGAAACCAAGAUUGUCAAAGUGCUGCAAGUUGAGACUACCAAUGCCAACUUGACUAUUGGGGGUUCAGCAAUUCUGCGAUGUGAACCUCAGAACCUUGACCCUGCGGAGAUCAGUGAGCUGCACUUUAAGUGGACUUACAAUGGGCAAAACUUAGAAAACCCUCGUGCUACAGAGCACAAGGAAAACUACACUUUGGAGUUCAAUAACCUAGAACCGAAGGAUGCUGGUCAGUAUGAAUGUAAUUUCAACUUUAAGGAGGUCAUGACUUUUACACAUUUGGUGCAGCCUGUGAACUUGAAUGCUCCUCCGUUUGUUGAGAAAUUUGAGAAGUCUAAGAACAUGGUACAGGGUGACAAACUUAAGCUGAAAUGUGUUGUGCAUGGUCACCCGAUGCCAGAAGUGGUGUGGAAGAGAGAUGAUCAAGAGAUUGACUAUGAUUCCGAUAAGAGAAUCUCAGUAGAGGACCUAGAAAAGGAUGGCGUAAUCAUUAGCAAAAAUGGCAUCUUAACUAUAUUUGAGCUCCAGUUUGAAGACCGUGCUGUGUAUAAGUGUGAGGCCAAUAAUACUUUUGGCACUGAUAACAGCACUAUCCUGGUCAGAGUAAAAGACAAGCUAGCAGCAUUAUGGCCAUUCCUUGGAAUUGUCGCAGAGGUGGCAAUUUUGUGUUUAAUAAUUUUCAUAUAUGAAAAAAAGAGAAGCAAGGAAUCUGAUGAUGAGGAAGAUGCUCCUCUUCAAAAAACUGCCAACGCUCAAGACCACAAGGGAAAGGAUGAAGUGAGACAACGUAAACCGUGAUCUAGCCUGUGUGUAGAAAUCUCCCCAGACGUGUCCUUGUCAGCUGGUUGUUUUAUCGAACCUCCGAUUCCCCCUCAAGGCUACUGUGUGCAUGUGUGUGUAUGAGUGUAACUGUCUGUUUGGAUACUCAACAAGAUUUGUUAUCAGUGUGAAAGACUCAAGGUAACUCCGAUUCAGGAUCAUGUGUGAAUGAAUAUUGUAGGGAUGGUUGUUUCCUUGGGGUAAAUGUGCAUCUGAAUGAUAGAUGACAUUAGAGUAGAUGAAGCAGGCACAAAUUUUGUAAACUUGUCAUCCUUCUUUUUAUGAUUACUCUUUUAAAACAUCGGAAUAUAGUGUGAAAUUGAACAUGUAUGUAAACUGUUGUGAAAAGGGCUUGGUUUGUUUCUAAGUCGAUACAUUCAUAGGGGCUGCUGAGUGAAAGUUGUGAUGUGAGACAUGUACUAGGUGAAAAGGAUUUCUCAGUUGUAUAAACUAUUGAGAUGUUGUUUUGUGUACUUACCUUUUGUUUAUCGAUGUGGUUAUAACUUUUCCUGAUGUUCAGUUAUGUAACACCCAGUUUGCUGUCGAGUAACCAGGCCUAAUUUUGAAACUGUGGUUCUUACGGUAACUUGUGUAGGGUGGUGAGAUUUGUCUUUCCUCCUGCUAAGUUCAUUUGCACUAGAAGUUGUAUAGGUUGUUGGCAGGGACAAUCCAGAUAUCACCGUACAAGGUGAACUCUCAGAAAUGAAACCUGAUUUUGUACAGUUGUUUACCUGAAUUGGCAAUAUGUUAAAUUUUGUAUGGGUAUGUUUCCUGGGAAUGAUUUUAGCCUGGCAUGAUAUGUGGAUGUUCUAUUUAGAGGAUUUUGUGUCAUCCUAUGAAAUCUGAUAGCCUGUGUUCAGACAUGUUUUGCUGUACAGUGAUAUGUAAUUAUAAACUUAUUUGUGUAAUUAUCCCUGUAGUAAAGGUCUCUGUAUAAUUGAUACUUUCUCACUUUAUUAUUUGUCCCCCCCCCCCCUACAAACUGGUAAUAUUCUGAGGUACUUUCAGAUUUUUAUUGUAAUCUUUUAUUGUGAUUUCUUUUUAAUCAUGUUUGUGAUAUAGGUUUAUGUUGGACAUAAUCAGAGACUUCUCCACUUCUCUUCAAAUGUUUGUAUAGACAGUGUAGCAUACCUGUUUGCACAUAGGAAAUAAGGACAUUGUUUAGUAUCACUUGAUAUGUCAUGGUUUUAUGAUACCGUGUCACAUACUCUGUGACAGCAAAUUUCAUCCACAUAGCUUCACUGAGGCAAGUUUACACAAGGUAUCGGGCAAAUGUUCAUCAGUUGUGGACUGAAUGUUUUGGUCUUGCAGCUCAGGCCAUACCCUGGCAGGGACUCCAGGUUUAUGUACAGUUUGAUUCUAUUAUAAAUGUGUGUCACAUCAUUGCUACCUGGAUUUAUGGCAUGUUUUCAUGCUAUUUUCUUUUAAAUUCAAGAUGAGAGUUGCCAUUAUUAUAUAUACACAGUGUGAUAUCUCGAUCAAGGGACUGACUUCCAGUAGUGAGAUCUCGCGGAAGUUGAUUCUAUUAUGGAAGGAUAUUUGUGGGUAUAUCAGUGUAGGAUACUUAUGUUUUGUUGCAGCUCUACCACAUAGCUUGUUCACAGUUGGGUAGAAAUGCCAGCAUUGCCAGGCUGAAUAUUUACGCUGAAAGAUUCAUCAUUUUAGCCAUAUUGUUUCAUAUGUUUGGGCUUUUUAGUUUGUGUAGAACUAGUAAUUUAAGCCUAUGUGUGUGUGGGAGUGUUGAACGUUGUGUUCUUCAUUCUACAUUGAAAAAUCAAGGACAGAGCACAUUAUGGCACUGGCAAUAUCAUGGGCAGGUGAUUUCACAAUGUGUAAUACCAAACGCAGUGGUUGUCUUCUCUAGCUACAUGUAGGCAUAAAUUUGGCUGACAGCAUUGUGAUAAUGAAACACAAACAUAAAGGUGGACAUAAAUUUGAACAUGCAUGGUGUGACCUAUAAAGAAUGGCACAGUGUGCCUUCAGCAGUGGCAGGACUUCAGCUCAAGCCUAUGUCAGUAAAACAGAAAUUAGUGUCUUUUUAGUUUGUAUGUACAGGCGACUUUAUGGUUAUUAAACUUUUUAAAAAUUGUA